AUGCAGAUGAUUCAACUUCUUGCCCUCGCCCUCUCCGUGGCGUCGGUCGAUGCCGCCUCCAAGGGCUUCAACUACGGUGCCACCAAGGCCGAUGGCAGCAGCAAGUAUCAGGCCGACUUCCAGAAGGAUUUCGCCGCCGCCAAGGUCCUCGUCGGUCAGGACGGCUUCACCAGUGCCCGCCUCUACACCAUGAUCCAGGGUGGUACCACCAACACCCCCAUUGAGGCUAUCCCCGCCGCCAUUGCGGAGAAGACCGAGUUGCUUCUUGGUCUCUGGGUCUCCGGAGGCAACAUGGAGAACGAGAUCACCGCUCUCAAGGCCGCCAUCAGCCAGUACGGUGAAGACUUCGCCAAGCUGGUCGUCGGUAUCUCCGUCGGUUCGGAGGAUAUGUACCGUAACUCGGUCACUGGCUCCAAGUCCAACGCCGGCCCCGGUGUCGAGCCCGAGGUGCUCGUCUCUUACAUCAAGGAGGUUCGCUCCACCAUCGCCGGCACCGGCCUAAGCGACGUUACCCUCGGUCACGUCGACACCUGGGAUUCCUGGACCAACUCCUCCAACUCCGAUGUCGUCAACCACCUCGACUGGCUUGGUUUCGACGGAUACCCUUACUACCAGCUCACCAUGGAGAACGGUAUCGAGAACGCCAAGGCCCUUUUCGACGACUCCGUUGAGAAGACCAAGUCUGUCGCUAACGGCAAGGAGGUCUGGAUUACUGAGACUGGUUGGCCCGUUAGCGGUCCCCAGGAGGGCGAUGCUACUGCCUCUGCUGAAAAUGCUCAGAAGUACUGGGACGAGGUUGGCUGCCCUCUCUUCGGUAACACCAACACCUGGUGGUACAUGCUCGAGGAUGAGGGUGCUAGCCCCAGCUUCGGCGUUGUCAAGGGCGACUUGAGCACUCCUCAAUUCGACCUCUCCGGCUCCAGCUCUGGCUCUGCUGCCUCCGCCUCCUCCACCUUCAACGCUGCUGCCCGCACUGGUUCCGGCUCUACCUUCGGUGCUAUCGUCGCCGCUGCCGUUCUCGCCAUUGCUGUCUAA